AUUAGGUCGAAAGAGUAGAGUAGGCACUGUCUAAUUUUUUGGUAUGUUCAAUAGUAUUUUUACUCCUUACAUAUUUUUAUUACUUAGUUUAGCUCUUCUAAAAUUAACUCGAUUAUGAUAUUCUACGUUAAGUAUUAAUCUACGUAUUUGAUUCGUGAUAAAAGUGAGUUUAAACUUAUGGCAGAAAAAUGGCUGAUAAGCAUAGUUUAAACUAUGAAGUGAGGGAGUUAAAGUUGGGUUCAAGCUUCACUAACAACAAGGCAUCCCAAUAUCACACUAUCAAAUAUGACUUCAAACCGGCAUCAGUAGAUGUCAAUAAGAUGGCUACUGUGGAUGUUGGAACAAACAAUCAAGUGACUGUAACUGUGCCACAUUUAGAUGGCGCUGGUAUCCCACAGACAGUGUUCAAAGGUAAUCAGCGACCAUACACUAAAGAGUGUGUCCUUAUCAUAGACAGAGACACUGGAGAGAUUACAUUGGAAAAACUAUCUAGUAAUAUUCAAGUGAAAAAGACUAGGCAAGAAUCGGCCCAAAAACCUCGACCACUGACACCGAUCACCAGCGAGCUGACGAAUACCACCCAGCGGUCUACGUCUCGCACACGUGUCGCAACGAACAGGCGCACCAAUAACAAUGCUGGAUCAACCAGUAUGGUGGCGCAGGCGAACAGUCACCAGCAGCGGUUCAAUGGCGUCACACCCAAGACGCAGAACAUGGUUCGGUCGCCGCCUAGAGUUAAAACAUCGCCACCGCAAGCACCAUGGUCAGCCGGCGGUAACAGUACACUAGCCUCGUUGCCAAUGAUUGGCUUGGACGAUGCCCCAGCGAGUUCGCCGGCCAACGAGCGCCAGCACGCACCUCAUGCAAAUCAUGCGCAGCAUAUGCCAAACGCGCAUGUGCCAAACACGCAUGUGCCCAACGCGCAUAUGCCCAAUGCUCAUAUGCCCAACGCGCAUAUGCCCAACGCGCAUAUGCCCAACACGCACAUACCGAACACGCAUAUGCCGAAUACGCAUAUGCCCAAUACGCAUAUGCCGAGUUCGCACGCGCAUGCACCCGCACCUCCAAGGCCAGCCCCAGCCCCCGUACCUGUUGCUACGCAACAGCGGCAAGAUGAUAGUUCGUCGAGUUCGUCAAGUGACAGUGACAGUGACAGCGGUAGUGGCAGUGACAGCGACGACAAUGACGCCGCGCCACAACACUCGAUGCCAAAUGGCGUCAGCAACAACCCCGCGCUGCCCACAGACGUGCUCAACGACGACUUAUGUCUCUCGGAGACGGGCAGCGACUCCGACUGACCUCAGCGUUAAUCUUUUUUUGCCUUCGGAGAUAUUUCAUUUUGAUUUCCUCAGUGUGGCCGGUUGGUGUCGAUUUUUGUUUUCUAUGGAAAGUUCGUUAUUCGUUUUCCUUAUGUGUUCUAUCUAAAAUUGUUAUAAUUGAAUACCUUUAAUCUUUCUUCUUAGAGAAUAGACAAUUCUCUCUCUUUGUUGGUGUGAAAAUAUGGCAAUAAUAUUAAUGUAAGCGGGGAAACGUUUUAGGCAACUAUUAAAAAUAGAUAUUUUUGGCGGAGAAUGUUAUAAUAAAUAAUAUAGAUCAAUUGUUUCAGCUUUGAAGAAUUUAUUAAUCAACGUUGACGAUUUCAAUGUUUUGAUCUCAUAAUGGCAGGAAUAUUGAUCUCUUAGAUAUUGUUACAAAAGUUUAAAUGGCAACAUGAAAGAAAGAUUAAAAUUUAGAGGCGCUAGAAAAUGAACUUAUAUAUUUAUGUAAAAGAAGUGUUUUUAUGGAAAUAAAUCUAUGAAAUUGAAGAUAUAUAUUUGUUGAAUUUUCUUGAAGUUCAAAUGUCGACAUCGGCUUCGCCACUAUCAAAUAUACAUAGUGUGUGUAUUGUUGGUUUAAGUCUUACGAGUGAAGCAAGAAUGUUGUCAGCAUUAAACGAUUUGUCUGUUUAUCUUACGAAGGACGUAUAGGAAACCUAGAAGGUCUAAGGGUCGAUUUUGAGUGGAAAAGUCUUGAUUUAGCGGGGCACAUUUUCAGCGUAAAAUAUUAAUAUAAUAUUUAAUUGAAAUAAAAAUAUAAUUCUUUUAUAUAUGUGUUUGUAAAUGAAAUGUAAUGUAAGUAUUUCUUUGAUUGUCUUUUAUUAUGUUGUUUGUCUUUUUUGCAUUUCAAAAAUAAUUUAUUCUAUUUUGCCAAACUCAGACAUAGAAUAAUUACUCAAACACUAUUUCUUUAAAUCGAUUAGUUAUUAAUAGUUUAAAUUAAUACUUAUUACCUCAAAAACGGGGCUGACUCAAUUCUAUACUUAUUUGAAUCGCAUAGUUUAUGCAUAACAUAUUUAAUAUGGAAUUCGACGUAUUACAUACUAACAUUUCAACUUCGUAAGAUGGACAGAGAAGGCAAUGCUGAUAACGGCUUAGUAUAUUGACACAAUAUUGAUAACGUGCCUCAAUUUAAAUAUAGAAAUAUUUUUAUUUUAUGCCAAUAUUUUAAUAAAUUAGCCUUAAACGCGUGUUUGGAGACACCAAACUGUAUAGACAGUUAGCUAUAUCCCGCAAUAAGUUAUUAUGUAUACAGCGAAUUACAAAUUGUAUGUUGUUAGACGAUUAUAUUAUAUACGUUGUAAUUAGGUUAAGCUAAGAUAUAGUUUUAUGUAAAUACUGGAUUGAUAUCGAAAAAUUGAUUUGUACCGAUCGCAUGAAUUGUAUUUAAUUUUCGUUUAUUAGUUCUGUCAAAGUGUUGCGUUUUGUUUGUGUAUCGAAAACGUCUGUAGCGAUUUUGGGGUAUUUCACGCACUCACGCUGACCAAUGGUGUAGUUCAGAAUUUAAAUUUGUAUGUCUAUCUGUAGCAGUAAAUAAAUGAAAUUAUAUAUGAUUGAUGUGAUCGGUCAAAAUGUAGUAUACUUUAAAUAAGAAAUUGUUGUGCCUUUAAAAUUCUCAUUUAUAUUGUAACGAGAUUAUUUAUAGGCGCUUCGUUGCCGUAAGCAGCGUGCACCGUCACAAUAUCAUUAGUAUAUUUUAUUGUAAUAAAUGUCCUCAGUGCA